AGGUCUCGGGCCCUCAGGCGGAGCGGCGGGCGCCGGACCCCCAGGCGGAGCGACAGGUCUCGGGCCCUCAGGCGGAGCGGCGGGCACCGGACCCCCAGGAGGAGCGACAGGUCUCGGGCCCUCAAGCGGAGCGGCGGGCGCCGGACCCCCCCAGGCGGAGCGACAGGUCUCGGACCCUCAGGCGGAGUGGCGGGCGCCGGACCCCCAGGCGGAACGACAGGUCUCAGGCCCCCAGGGGGGGCGGCGGGCACCACCGAGUCACCAGGCACAACCGUGGGCUCCGAGUCAACUGGUAUGACCGCGGGGCACUGGGUCAGACAUUGGAUCGUCUGGCUGGACAGCGGGCACUGGGUCACCAGGCAUCAGGUCAUUUGGCUCGACAGCGGGCACCGCGUCAUCUGGCAAGGCAGUGGGCUCCGAGUCAACAGGCACGACAGUGAGCACCGGGUCAUCAGGUACCGGAUUGUCUGGCUCGACAGCGGGCAUCGGGUCACCAGGCAUCAGGUCAUUUGGCUCGACAGCGGGCACCGGAUCAGGUACCGGAUCAUCUGGAUCAACAGCGGGCAUCGAGUCAAC